CAAACACUGCGCGGGAGAUGCGAGGGACACGUAGGGGAGAGUUGCUGCAGGUUUUUUGGAUGGCGAGCCAAGACUAGGCCUCGAACCUGAAGACCAUCAGGGUAACCUGAGGAACUGAAUCUGAGAGACUCAACCUGCGUUAACUGGACUGAGGCGAGAUGGAGACGUCAGCAGAAGACCAGACGGAUCCAGAACCUUCAGCAGAACCGACACCUGAACUUGUGCCAGGAUCUGAAUCUGUUCCUGAACCUGUACCCGAGUAUCUACUUGUUGAAUCAGAAGAUGGACCAGGACCUGGACCCGAAUGCUCUCCUGUAAUCUCGGAAGUUCACCUUGAUGCUGGUGCACCCAGUUCUUCCAGGUCACUGAACCACAGACCCGACAAUGUGAACUCUGAGGAUCAGGAUAAACGCUGUCAAGAGAUCCGCACACGGUGGGACGAUUCUGAAUUAAAGUGUUGGCUGUUGGAAGCUUUGGAAGGUUUGGGCACCAAGGAGCUGAAAUACUUCCACUGGUACCUGCAGAAUGCCGAUGAAUCAGUGGACGGCUUCAGACCCAUCAAAAAGAGUCGUCUGGAACAUGCGGACAGGUUGGACACAGUAGAUCUGAUGGUGCAGAUGUACAGCACCGAGGCCAGAGAGGUGGCGGAGAAGGUUUUAACAAAGCUCAAAGAAAAGCGUUUUCCUGAAGAGAUGCUGCAGGAUGACGCUUUCGUUCCCGCUGCUGCAGCAGAAAGAAUAAUUUUCAAGAUUCGCCGUAAGUUUGUGAAGAAGGUUUCAUUAGAAAUCCUUGAAGAGCUCUUAGAUCACCUGGAAGAAGACCUUGUUUUAAAUGACAGUGAGACGAAGGACAUACUUGAGAGGAACCCAACCACAGAAGAAAAGGCCCGCGCCCUCAUCGACGCUGUGAAACCUAAAGGGAAUGAAGCCUGCCAGAAGAUGAUAGAACAUCUCCAAACCUGUGACAUUUAUCUUUCCUGUGAGCUGGGUUUGUCCUCUGAUCCAUCUGCUCAGAAAGGUCACGGGGACGCUGGAGCUUAUCCAAGUAUUUUAACAGGAGCUCUUCAGAAGUGUCAGUCUGAACUCAAAUCUGCUCUGAAGAAGAAGUUCCAGUGUGUGUUUGAGGGGAUUGCUAAAGCAGGAAACCCAACCCUCCUGAACCAGAUCUACACAGAAAACAAAAAAAGAGGUCCACAAAGUUAA